CAAAUCAUAAACCGCCACAAAACCGAAAAAAGCAAAAAACACUAAUUGUGCUUACCUUUAGAUCCAUUUUGUUUUUGAGCUUUUGAACAAUGGAGUCAUCACAAGCAACGACGAAGCCAGCGAGAGGAGCAGGAGGAAGAAAAGGAGGAGAUAGGAAGAAGAGUGUUACUAAAUCUGUUAAAGCUGGUCUUCAAUUUCCCGUUGGUCGUAUCGCUCGUUACUUGAAGAAAGGUCGUUACGCUAUCCGAUACGGUGCCGGUGCUCCGGUUUACCUCGCCGCCGUUCUCGAAUACCUCGCCGCUGAGGUACUUGAGCUAGCUGGGAACGCAGCGAGAGAUAAUAAGAAGAACAGGAUAAACCCUAGGCAUCUUUGUUUAGCGAUAAGGAACGAUGAAGAAUUGGGGAAAUUGCUUCAUGGAGUUACGAUUGCUAGUGGUGGUGUUCUUCCAAACAUUAAUCCAAAUUGCAAGCACGACGCGAUUACGAAUAUUUCCUAUCGAAUCAAAUUGAUUUGUUUCAAUCUUGGAUCUGUGAUGAUGAAUUUUCUGAGAAGAGCUGUAUCAUCAUCUUCUAAACGAAGCGAACUUAUUCGUAUCGUCGCUGUUGCUACCGCUACUUCUGGGAUUGUAUAUGCUAAUAGUAAUCCAGAUGCAAGAACGAGAAUAUCGCUUGCUAUUCCUGAAUCUGUUCGGGAAUCUCUGUCGUUGCUGCCUUGGCAGAUUUCGCCGGGUUUGAUUCAUCGUCCUGAUCAAAGCUUGUUCGGAAAUUUCACGUUUUCUUCGAGAGUUAGUCCAAAAUCAGAAGCACCUACAAAUGAUGAGAAGGGAGUUCCCGUUGAAGCUUCGGAUAGUUCGAAACCAAGUAAUGGCUACUUAGGGAGAGAUACUAUAGCCAAUGCUGCUGCUAGAGUCGGACCAGCGGUUGUCAAUCUAUCGGUUCCUCAGGGUUUCCAUGGGAUUUCUAUGGGAAAAAGUAUCGGUUCUGGAACCAUCAUUGAUGCUGAUGGCACGAUAUUGACUUGCGCUCAUGUUGUAGUCGAUUUUCAAAACAUUCGUCAAUCAUCUAAAGGGAGAGUUGAUGUGACGUUGCAAGAUGGUAGGACGUUUGAGGGUGUGGUGGUGAACGCUGAUUUACAAUCCGACAUCGCAUUAGUCAAGAUAAAGUCAAAGACGCCAUUGCCAACUGCUAAACUUGGUUUUUCGAGUAAGCUUCGUCCUGGGGACUGGGUAAUAGCUGUGGGUUGUCCUCUUUCUCUCCAGAACACAAUAACUGCUGGUAUUGUCAGCUGUGUUGAUCGCAAAAGCAGUGAUUUGGGUUUAGGAGGCACACGUAGAGAAUAUCUCCAAACAGAUUGUGCGAUCAAUGCGGGAAACUCUGGUGGGCCUCUCGUAAAUUUGGAUGGAGAAGUGAUUGGUGUUAAUAUCAUGAAAGUUUUAGCUGCAGAUGGUCUUGGAUUUUCCGUGCCAAUUGACUCGGUAUCCAAAAUCAUCGAGCAUUUCAAGAAGAGUGGUAGAGUUAUUCGGCCAUGGAUUGGGUUAAAAAUGAUCGAACUCAAUAAAAUGAUCAUUGCUCAGCUAAAAGAACGAGACCCGAUGUUUCCUGACGUCGAAAGAGGCAUUCUUGUUCCUACGGUGAUUCCGGGAUCACCAGCUGAUCGAGCUGGCUUUAAACCAGGUGAUGUUGUUGUGAGAUUUGACGGGAAGCCGGUCGAGACCAUCAAAGAGAUAAUAGAGAUAAUAGACGACAGAAUCGGAAAGCGGAUGCAAGUAGUUGUGGAAAGAUCAAAUAAAGAAAGGGUCACACUAGAAGUCAUUCCUGAGGAGGCUAAUCCAGACAUGUGAGACGACGACUCGGUGAGUUUUGAAAUCAAACUUUACGAUAUUCAACCAAAUGUAUUGAAAUUCUUGAUAGUCUUUAGCUGUAGUUGAUCUUCUUUACUUUGGUCUCAUUAGUUCCUUUCUCGACCACUUUAUAAAGAAGCUAAGUAAAA